CUUCCUAAGGUGGUGCUCAUCCCUGAGGGAACUCUUCCUAAGGUGGUGCUUGUCCAUGGGGGAACUCUUCCUAAGAUGGUGCUUGUCCAUGGGGGAACUCUUCCUAAGGUGGUGCUCAUCCCUAGGGGAACUCUUCCUAAGGUGGUGCUCAUCCCUGAGGGAACUCUUCCUAAGGUGGUGCUCAUCCCUAGGAGAACUCUUCCUAAGGUGAUGCUCAGCCCUGAGGGAACUCUUCCUAAGAUGGUGCUUGUCCAUGGGGGAACUCUUUCCUAAGAUGGUGCUUGUCCAUGGGGGAACUCUUCCUAAGAUGGUGCUC